UAAUCAUUUCGUUUUUGUUAGUCUUACGAAUUGUUUCUUCUUUGUGAAAGCUCGUCGAACGGAAGCAAAUCUCGCUUUUUUACCCUUUUGAAAAAUAAAGGAAAAAGUUCGUAAAAAGCGAAAAAGCCCAUUGAACUGAACGCGAACGAAAGUGGUAAAAGGAUCAUAUACUAAAAUGGUUGCGGAUAACAUUGAUUGUGGCGUUGCUAUUGCUGCUGCGGAUCAAUCUUCUGCCGCGGCAGGAGUUUCCGUUAAGGAUGAGCUGCCAAGUGGCAAUUAUGUUGUGGUAUCAGUGGAUAUCGAUACCACUGGACGUCGCCUAAUCGACGAGAUUGUCCAAUUGGCCGCCUACACCCCGUCGGAUCAUUUUGAGCAAUACAUUAUGCCGUAUAUGAAUCUAAAUCCGGCUGCCCGUCAGCGCCAUCAAGUUCGUGUCAUUUCCAUUGGAUUCUUUCGUAUGCUGAAGUCGAUGCAGACGUACAAGAUCAUUAAAUCAAAAUCUGAGGUUGCUGCGCUCAAAGACUUUCUUGAGUGGUUGGAUCAACUAAAAGCCAAGAAUCCCGAUUCGGAUGGCAUUGUUCUUUUCUAUCACGAGGAACGCAAAUUUAUACCCUACAUGAUUUUACAAUCGCUCGUAAAAUAUGGCAUGCUGGAUAGAUUCAACAAGACUGUCAAGUACUUUGUGAAUAGCUUUAAUCUGGCCAAAUCCUCCAUUGGCGACACUAAACACUACAGUCUACGCAAUUUAGCCAAGAUACUGGCCAAAGCCAAGGAGGAGAAUGGCAAGGAUAAAAGCGAGAACGUGGCAGAUAGCAACACCAACAACAAGCGCAUCAAAAAUGCCAUCCAAAAGGAUCGCGACGAAUUCGAUGGCAGUGCCAGCGUUCGUGCCAAGCUCGCUUACACUGUUGCUCUCCAGCUGAGCAACUCUAAUGCGAGCGGUACAGCGCCGGCAUCUGCAGAUUCGCAGAGCAAUCUAUUUAAUGCCCUGAAGCCCUACACUGAACCUAUAAGUGGCGAUGUCAAGGAGCUGGACUCGCAGAACUUGAACCUGGAGCGCCAGAACUCGUUUCGUCCGGUCUUCUUGAACUAUUUCAAGACUACACUGUAUCACCGUGUUCGUGCUGUGAAAUUCCGUAUUGUGCUCGCCGAGAAUGGUUUCGAUUUGACCACAUUGAAUGACAUAUGGACGGAUAAGCAUGCUGCUGGUUUGGAAGCAGCUCUACAGGGCAUUGCCCAUCUAAAGACUGAGGAUAGGACGGAAUUGGUUGAGCUGCUGGACAGCUUCUUCGAUCCCAACAAGGUGACCAUUAAGCCGGUGGUUAAGCACAGCACAAUGAGGCGUCGUAACAAACGCAAUACGCUUACCCAAAAGUCUGGCUCGCAUUCAGCUACCAGCGAAGAGUUUGGCGCCGGUGGCGAUAAAUCGCAGAGCGUAUCCUCCGUGCCGGAUUCCACCACCAAGACGCCAUCGCCCCUUAAGAACGGUAGCCGAGCGCAGCGCAAACGCAACUCGCGAGUCAACCUCGAAGUCAAGGAAGUGAAAUCCACAGAUGCGUCAUUGAACAGCUCGGCGCCUGCUAGCAUCUCAGUGCCCAGCUAUAUGCCCAUUGCAGCCAGUAACUAAUCCCGAGCGGCGCAAAAUAACCUCGUGAAGAAAUUGUCAUAAAAAAAACUACACGAAGUUGACAAAGAAUCAAAUGAGAAACGAAGAAAUUUAUAAUAGCGAACUCUUUUCCUUUUUGAAGAACGACACAGAUUAGAAACAAAUUUUGUCCAAAUUUUAGUGGCACGUAUAAAUUUCCUGUGGUAAUACGCAUCAUGUAAAUGUAAUUAUAUGUGGAGUGAACACGCUAGUGAAUGGAUACACAUAAUCCUAUAAUGAACAACAGAUUAAUCGGUAAACCCGCAACACAAAGAAGUAAUUCCUAACAAUGGAUCAUUGGAUUGUUGCAUCGUCCAUUGCACACUCGUCCAUUCACAACCAAAAAAUGGAUAUAUUGUAAUUGUAUAUGCAAAACAAACUUCGUUGCGUUUAGGGGACAUCAUUUUUCAGAACUAAAAUACAAGACAACACUGGAAGGAAAAAUGCAUGAGCCGCCGGUAAACGCUUCGAUUAGAUAAACAUUGGGUAAACCUUAGAACACAAAUGGAAUAUACUAAUAUAAAAUAGGUUACCCAAUGUUGAAAAUGUGCAUGAAGAGAGAAUAGCUAACCUACACUAAAUAUAAUAAUAAGAGAAGAAAACUAUAGCUGAAGAAUCUAUACUAAACAUUAAGCAGUAAGACAUAUAUGUAUGUAAUUGUUUAUAGAGAAAAACAAAUAUUUCAAGCUUAUAUUUCACACAAAUAUUUCAUGUUUGCACAUAAGUUUGGCUUUCAAUUUCAAUAAAUAUAUGAAAUUAUAAGGCAUUUAAAAAUGUAACAGAAAAA